AGUCAGUCUGUCCUGUGUGCCAUGGUCUACUUUUUGCGCUCGGCGGCUCAGUACUCGAGUCGGUUCUUUGUGAUGAGCGGAUCGGUUUAUUUGGGCUUCUCGUCUCAGUGAAGAAGAAGAUCGAAUCGGUUUUGGGCUCGGCGUCUUGGGUGCUCGCAGGUCUUUUAUCGGUUCUUUGUGAAGAUGCGAUCAUCUCAUCAGCACGCGCGUGCACGGACCAGUGGUUCGCUUUUUUCCGCAAGUACAAGGGAACAUCGUCCGCUGCGGCCGCCGCAUCCUCCUGGUCGAAUAUUUUAUGUCAGAAAUCACUCGGGGGCUUCGGCGCCGUCGGCAUGUGCAAGCGAAGAUUCAAUAUUUCUCCGUUCGUCUUCGACCCUGUCAAGCGCAUCACGCGGACGAGGAUACAGCGCCGAUGAACGGGGUUGUUCGUCCUCUCGUGGAGCUGCACGAGGACCCAGCACACUUUGCCUCAAUAGCCAGUGUAGUUACAGGCCUACCAGGCCCUUGUUCGGGAGCUGUUGCACGCCGUCCGUGUCCGUGAGUUCAUCAAGGUCCAUCUUGUUCGAUAGCAGGGCCUUGUUUUCCUCUGCCAGUUCCGCAUGUGCAGCUGCUGCGGAACCGGCUUCAGCGUUGGGAUCGUCCGCAGACGGCGGCAACGUGGUAAAAAUAUCAAACACCUUCGCGGCCCAGCAGCCGGACAUCAACAUCAACGACCUUCGCGUUGGGAAGUUGCGUAACUUUGGUAUUUCGGCUCACAUUAUCAACUGUAAAAAUGUCUGGGUCUGGAACAUUCUGACACUUGUCAUGCACGUUUUGCAUGAGCCCUGAUGUCUGUGAUGCAUGCCCUAGCAUCACAGAUUUUUUCAGAGCUUCUUGAUGCCUAUUCCGCAUGACAAAUGCCCUCUCCGCGUAGCAAAAAUUACAUUCCUUUUGGUACUCAUGCAAUACAGAUUUUUUUAGAAUCCAAAAUCAGCAUGACAAGUUGCAUUCUUCCAGACCCAGACACUUUUACACUUGAUACACAUUGAUAGCGGAAAGACCACGCUUACGGAGCGCAUUCUCUACUACACGGGGAAGAUCAAGGAGAUCCACGAUGUCCGCGGGAAGACGUAUCAAAUGCAAAAAUGUCUGGGUCUGGAAGCAUGCAACUUGUCACGCUAAAUCCGAAGCAGGCAAAAAACUGUGUUGCAUGCUUGCCAAAAGUUGUACAUUUUUGACCUAAUCGAGAGGCAGUUUCUCAUGCAGGAUAAGUAGGCAUUAGAGAGAUCGCACAGAAUCAGAAUCUGUCAUGCUAGGUCCUGCAUUCCAGGCUUCCUGGAUCAUGAAAAAACUGCAUGACAAAUCUGGCAAUCUUCCAGACCCAGAUAUUUUUACAUUUGAUAAGACGGGCGUUGGGGCGAAAAUGGACCACAUGGCGCUCGAGCGGGAGAAGGGGAUCACCAUCUGCUCGGCCGCCACGUUUUGCAGCUGGAAAAACGACCACGAGUUUAACAUCAUCGACACGCCCGGCCACGUCGACUUCACCAUUGAGGUGGAGCGGGCGCUGCGGGUACUGGACGGGGCCGUGAUGAUUUGCUGCGCGGUGGGGGGCGUGCAGGCGCAGACGCUGACCGUCCACCGGCAGAUGGCGCGUUACGAGGUGCCGCGGCUGAUUUUCAUCAACAAGAUGGACCGGUUCGGCGCAGACCCCUUCUUCGUGCAGCGGCAGAUCCGCGCCAAGCUGGGGCUCACCACCGCCGCCGUCCAGCUUCCCUACGGGGAGGAGGACAAGUUUGCCGGGGUGGUGGACGUCAUCGAAAACCGCAUCGUGCUUUUCGAAGGAGACCAGGGACAGAAGGUCGUCUACCAGGACCUCGAACUGUAUCACCGUGCACAGCUCGUCCUCUGCGCUCUCCCCUUGUUCAUUUGGACGAGGAGAAGAUGAGCGUGUGACAAACUGACACCGACGAGAGUGCUAUGUUGAUCUACUUUGGAUUCUCUCUGUCUCUGCAACCGGUACUUGUCCAGAAAACUGGUGCAAGAAAAAUACAGCAGCUGGAUGAAGUGUACCAUACUUGCAUGAUCAUAUCAUAAGUUUAGUAUUAACUAAGCUUAGACGUGGUCGGGAGUAGAGAAUAGAAAGCGGUGCACUCUCAUAUACAAAGUGCGGACGCGGAACUCAAGAAGAGGGCGCAAGAAGUGCGGACCGAAUUAGUGGAAACGCUCGCAGACCUCGACGACGACGUGGCCUUAAAGUACCUGGAGGAGGGCGCGGACGCCUUCUCUGCAGGGGAACUGCAGGAAAAAAUCCGAGAGUAUACCCUGAGCCGGCAGUUCUGCCCGUUGUUUAUGGGCUCCGCGUACAAGAACCGCGGCGUCCAGGAAUUGCUCGACGGUGUGGCACUCUACCUCCCAAGUCCCUUGGAUCGGGAGAACAAAGCCAGUAGCCCCUGUAAAAUAGUAAAAAAGGGCCCUGCCGUUCGUGAGUUGAAUGUUGACACUUGUGCUCCUGCGAACAUGCCUAGAAUUAGUAAGUGUGCAUGAUUCAUCUGACCAGCUCCUUUCCCAUAGGAGACCACAAGGUGAAGGUUAAAUACAAAGGGGCCACCACCUAGUGAUGCAGCUGCCCCGCUGACUUCGAACAAGUACUUAUGGCUUCGAAACUGCAGCGUCAAUUUCUCUUGAAGUUGUUGAAUUGUCAAUGCGCAGUGGUGCUCCUUGUCCCAUCUUUGCUCGAAAAAUGGAUGAUUGCGGGUGCGGGCCCCAUUUGCACGCAGGAUACCCAUCGCUUUUUCUUCGUCUUCUAGUUCUACUUCCAGCAGCGCCGGAGCUGCCACCUCCUCCGCGGCCAAUUUGACACCGACCGUGCGGUUGCACACCACGGAGCCGGAGAAGCACCUAUCAAAUGCAAAAAUGUCUGGGUCUGGAAGAUUCUGAGACUUGUUAUGCAUGUUUUGCAUGACCCAGGAGCAGGAUGUCUGUAAUGCACGACCUAGCAUCACAGAUUUUUAGAGGGCUUCCUGAUGCCUACUCCGCAUGACAAACGCCCUCCCCGCGUAGCACAAACUAGACUCCUCUUGCUGAUCAUGCGUUGCAGAUUUUUUUAGAGUCCAAAGUUAGCAUCACAAGUUCCAACCUUCCAGACCACCCAGACACUUUUACAUUUGAUAGCACCCGCUGGUGUGCUACGGGUUCAAGAUCCAGGACCACCCCACCGCCGGUGUUUUGACCUACGUGCGGGUGUACCAGGGAAAGCUGAAGAAGGGGAUAUGCAUUGCAAAUAUGUCUGGGGCAUUAAGCACGCUGUAAUGCGCUCCCCAGCAUGACAAGUUUUUCCGUGGUUCAGAGUUGCGUACUCCGCAUGAGAAACUGCGUUUUUGCAUGACAGACAAGGGGGCCUCUUCGUUGGCACGCAAUACACAAUUUAGAGUCAUGCCAGACUAGCAUGACAAAUCUCGCAAUCUCCCAGACCCAGACAUAUUUGCAAUGCAUAGGCGAUGUCCGUGUACGACCACCACGCGAAGAAGACAAAGCAGGUCAAGAAGCUGGUUCGCAUGCACUCCUUGGAGUACCGGGAGGUGGACUCCGCCCUGCCGGGGGACAUCGUGGCGGUGCCCGGUUUGGACUGCAGCUCCGGGACCACCUUCACGGACACCGCGAAAACCCAGCUGCUCUGUGCCAAAAUGCAUGUCCCCGAACCGGUGAUGAGUCUGGGGGUCAAGUCCAUGAACCACGAUGACACCGCAAAAUUCUUCAAGGCGGUGCAGCGAUUCAAGCGGGAAGACUAUCACACUGUCGUGUAGAAGUGCCAAAGCCCUCGUGGUCCCAGGAGAAGUGUCUAUUGCAUUGCGAAAUUCAAAUUUCACAAAUCGACUUAACUCUUUGUGCAUUGCAAAAGAGAACGCAGACUCGUUUUCUUUGUUCCGAAGGAAUCUAAAUCAGGAAGGCGGCUGAUACGUGCUAGAUACAUCAUUUUUCCUUUAUCAUUAUCUGGGUUUCUCCCUGGGUAGUACGUGAGGGCGGUUUUCAACAUGAACAGGACCCAACUUUUAUUACAGUGAAAAAUGCCCCCACCCCGAAAGUUCAAGUUGCAAUAAUUUGCGAUGCGAAGUUUCCAAAUGUAAAGCUUUUGUCUUGCAUGAAAGGAUUUUGAAUCUUUCUGAUGCAGAGUCUAGUCGUAUACAGCAUCGCUUGCAUGACAAGCGUCGCCGUUGCUGGGAUCUUUAGCAAUACAGAUUUUCGCUAUUCGCAAUUGAAAAUCUGUGAUGCUGAUACAUGCAAGACGCGGAGUGUUUCCAUUGGAUUUGGAAAGGUUUGCAAUACAAAUGCUCCCGAGUUCUGGGGUGGGGGCGUUUUUAACUGUAAUAACCUUCCACCUGGACAUGGACCCGGAGACCAAGGAGCACAUCAUGCGCGGAAUGGGCGAGCUGCAUCUGGAGAUUUACCUGGAGCGCAUGAAGCGAGAAUUCAAGUGCGUGCAGAUCGAAUAUCAAAUGCAAAAGUGUCUGGGUCUGGAAACUUGUGAUGCUGGGUGGCGUAUCAUGAGCAGGCCACAAGUGCUGGCUCAGCAUGACAAGUUUCUGAACUUCUAGGUGUUGCCUAUUCUGCAUGACAAACUGCGUUUCUGCAUGACAGAAAAACAAAAAUGGCGCUCUUGGGUAACGUGCAUGACAGAUUUGAGAGUCAUGCCAGACAAGCAUGACAAACAUGCACUCUUCCAGACCCGCCAGACACUUUUACUUUUGAUGUCGAAACCGGGUCGCCCAUGGUCAGCUACAAGGAGUGCAUCGGGUAUGGAAGCGUCAGGAUUGAAAUCGUCAAAGUUGAAAUGAUUUGCCAUGCAUAAAAUGCAAGGCAUGGAGUGCCUGUCUUGCCGGGGUGGCAAGUGAGGCAGAUUGUGAGCCUAUUUAGGGUUUGAAAUAGAGCCGCCAAAAGAGCACGACAAAAGCAGUCUUCUGUGCCCAAAUAGCAUGACAAAUUGGAUUCCGGUGCUCGGGAAAUUUGUCAUGCGCCGCUUGAUAAGUGGGCUUCCGACUGGUAUCUGUUUUAUGCAUGGCAAACUAUUUCAACUUUGACGACUUCAAACCUGACACACCCAUAUCGGGCAGAAAGCCAACUUCGAGUUCACGCACAAACGGCAGACCGGGGGCCGCGGGCAAUACGGAAAGAUCGCCGGCUUUGUCGAGCCGAUUCCAGAAAACGAGCUCCCAGAGAAAACUGUAGACGAGAAUGGCAACACGGUCAACUAUGUGGAAUUUGUCAAUCAACUUUCCGGCAACGACGUACUACGCUGCGCAAAAAUCUUUCAAGUAUCUUCAUGCGACCCGCAACAUGUUGCUCCUGCAAAUCAUUUCUAUGGGAAGAAUUAAUUCGCAAAUCGCAAUCCUAGUCGUACUCCUAAAAGACAUCGAAGCCACGAACAGAUAGUGCCAUUUUUUGCAUGUACGAUUGCAAAAAGCAAAUGUAUCAGGAAGAGCCGCCGGAUAAUUUCAUGAAUUUUACGAUAAAGUAGAAGAUACAACGCUCAGCGUGCAUACAGGCCUAAGCAGUACCAUUCGAGCAUCGAAAAAGGAUUUCGCGAUGCUGUUUCCCAGGGUUUUCUCUCAGGGAACCCUCUGAUCAACCUCCGGUUUGUCGUAACGGACGGAAAGGCGCACGAAAACGACUCCUCGGACAUUGCGUUCCAGCUUGCGGCGAAGGGUGCGGUAGAAGCCGGCCUGGAAAAGGCCUCACCCCAGAUUCUCGAACCGCUCAUGAAUGUCGAGGUUCUUACUUACAUACUUUCAAGCGGCCUUUUUUAUUUUUUUCUUCAAGUAGGAGUAGCUGCUGCUUGUGCUUGCGCAUCUUCGUUGAUUUCUUCGAUCCUGAGGCCUACCAACUGGACCUAUCACUACGUGGCAGAAAUGAAUCUGCAUGAUCUUGUAGAUCAAGUUACCGCUACGUCCCGCAGUGCUGAUCACCGGCAGGCCUGCGCGUAGAAGUUGCAGCCAUUUUUAAGUACUGACUUUUUGGUCCUGUCUGCACCUGCUAAAAGCAAGCUCUGAUGGAGCUUUCCUGAAAUAUCGACGACGUCCGUUUGUCUAUUUAAACGUUAAAAAACAAGGUUUCGGCGCCGACAGAGACGCAAGCAGCAGUAGUGCAGUCGAUGAGCAACCUAUUCAAGAAAAAAACACCAUCGCAAUCACUUUUGCACAUUUUUGCAAUACAAAAAUUUUUGUCAUGCGCGAAAAUGCAUCACAGUCAUGUCAAGAGUUAUAGGCGAUCUCCCUUUGAUGUGUUUUUGCAAUACAGUCAUGCGAAAAAAUUUCUGAUGCAAAACCUCCUACGUAUGAUUGUGAUGGUGUUUUUUUCCUGGAUACAACCGUGAAGGAUCCGUACAGAAUACAGUCGCCGUGGGCACUGACUCCAUCUUGAUCGAGGCCAUCGUGCCCCUGCGCCAGAUGUUUGGGUAUGCGAAGGAGCUGCGCAGUCUCACCCAAGGCGUCGGGGAAUUUUCCAUGGACUUCCGUGAAUACUACGGCAGUGGAAAAACCCGUUGUACUACCGAACGCACCGCCAUCAAGCUUGGCGCUCAUCAGCUGCUUGUUCAGUGAAAAGACAUAAAGUAAAGACAAAGACUGUGGUCUUUCUAUAGAUUCAGCAAUAUUAUGGUAAUGCCCAAAAAAAGCGUUAUUGUUAGCGUUUUGGCGCAAUGAUUUAUCCAUUCUCAGCACGUAGGUGGAACAUAGUUUUUGCGAGAAUCGGAUGAAUUUGUGCUCCCUCGUCUUGUAUUCACCUCAGUCUGAAGAUCCUCGAACUAUGCAUACGGUCAGGGUCUCCACGAUGGGAGAACUGUAGGUACAACGAUUUUCCCGGGCAUAAGCGUGUCGCCAUGCCCACACACGAGCAGAACAAAAUCAUCCGAGCCCACGAAGAAGCAACAAAUCGCAAAGAAAGCCGAGCAGGAAAGACGGGCGCGGAUGGCUAGCACAGACAGGACAAAUGGCUACUCACGUAGCAAAUUGUUUUCUUGGAGCACCACCUCUUCCAGCGAGGGGACCGUCUUCACUCGCUUCGCUGGCAUGGUGCACAAAAACUAACACCAUCAACACUAAGUACCUCCAGUUACAGUCGUAAACACAAAGUGCCGGUUAUUUAAACUUCAACACC